CCAGAAAAAGACACUUUGAUUUUAGCUCUGGAGAUACGCUCAGACUGAGAGAGGGGCUUUUUUUUAUUUUAUUUUUUUUGGUCACUUUUCGUCUUUCAGUAUCUAUCUACCUUAGGUACCUAAGGUACCUACCUACCUACCCACCUUACCCAAAUGCGCUUUAUCAAACAUGUCAGCAUUGUUGUCGGCAUUUCAAUUGCAUCUCGAGUAAUAACUCUGACUGCCAUGCAUUGAACACUUCGCAUGAGGAUUGACAGCGACCAUUGAUACAUUUCAUAUCCUUCGCAUCAACUCUUCUUGUGGCUCGCGAUCAAUCUCGAUCCUUUCGAUGCCACGAUUUUCCUGCCGUUCCACGCCGAGUGGGGGUGCGGCUACGACGCUUGUGGUGCAAGCCAGGGCCAUUUUUUAUUUUGGUUUUUCUUGUCGCUCAUUUGAUUUCGAUCCGUGCAUCCUCCUCCUUGCAUUGACUCGCCAGGCGAUAUCAUUUCAACUGAACAUAACUAUCAAUGUAUCCCGUUACUUCCGACUACCUUUUUCUGGGAAGUUUUCUUUUCCGUCAUAUUCUCUAUCGAUUUUCCUAUUUGCUUUUAUUUUCUAUCGGUGUUUGUCUGCUAUCCCGUCAAGCACCAAAAAAAUGAUUCGUGCUGCUGAAAUGUUUUUCGUCUGUCUGCUUGCCUGUCGCCCGCCCCUCGAAUACCAAGAGUGAACGACUCCUGUCCAACACGUGUGUAGGCUGCGGGCGGCGCUAUGGGAGGGACCGGGAUGAGAGGCCAAGGUGCUAGCUAGGGUUGCACCGGCUAGGUCAGGGGCGUGGGUAUGCUGACAGGGCCUUGCCAGACAGACAAGAAAAAAGAAAAAAAAGGGUAGUAGCCCGUCCCCAGUUAUGGUCAAAUCAGCGCCGCUGGCGCCGAAUCACAACCAUGCCAGAAAGACCCCCCGCACAACAGGACAGGCGCUGGGCUCCCUUGCCCAAUUGCAACGAAAACUCCGGAGCUUUUGGCCAAAGGGCUUGCAAGCGCUGGCUGACUGCUGGGGCCCCGCCCGCCGGGAUAGGCAACCUGGGCGACUUACCUACUGUGCUAGUAGUAGAGACAUGGGUGCCGCCCCAAAUCUCCACCCCCCCUUUGGGUGCCUUGCUUCCAGGUCCAGGUUCAGGUCCAGGUCCAGGGCUUCUUCGGACCCAGACACAAGUCACCCUCCAACCCACCCCGAGUGAGCGAGCCAGAGAGGCUGUGAGGGAAGCAUGCGACAAGGGCGACAUCACAGUGGGCGACGGCUUCCCGUUUCUUCUAUUCGUACAUCGCACACCCCCUCUCUUCCUCUCCUUACCUACCACAUCCCAUCCUUCCCUACCGCCCUGCUUGCCUAGCGCCUGUCUCUCUGUUUACCUACUUCUGCUUCUGCAUCCUUUGCUGCUUGUUGGACUUUGAAUCCGGAGUCAAACCGAUGAUAGGGCUUCUUGGGCAGGAUUAUGGCUUUUGUUUCUUGACUUCUUCUUCCAAGACACUGACCUCUGCAACCCUCACCUUGCGCGCACGUUCCACUCAGACGGCCUGCGCCACUUUCGACUGCUCGUCGUCAUAAACAAACGAGGUCCCCCGAAUAUCGAACACCAAAUCUUGUUUGAUCCGGCACUGCAAACACCACGUUCGCUAUCGAACACCACACUCAUUUCCCGGACCGAGUCCGCUCAUCAGCUUGUUUUGGGUAUCUGACCCCUAGUCACUCUUUACACCAGGGAUUUCUGCCGCGGGGGUUUGUUUGCCUCACGACUAAGGGAGAUAGAAGGUCUAUCAAACUGCUUGGGAUUCAGAGAUCAGCGCAGUGGACAAACACCAAAGAAUAACAUGGACUAUAUGAACAUGUUCCAGGGCGGUGGCCAUCAGGCCGGCUACUUCGUCCCUCAGUACAACGCCAUGGGCCAGGCGGCACCUCAUCAACACCAAGAACGACACCAGGCUCAGCAACGGCAGCAGCAUGGCUACCCGUCCUUUCCGUACACGAACGAGCACUUGAUGGUGCUUGCGCAGAUGCAGCACCAGAGGACUAUGAUGGGCCAGGUGCACGAUGCGAGCCUUUCACCAACUUCGAAGCAGGAUCAGCCCAAGCCAAGGUUGUCAAAGGAUGAGGUUGAUCUUUUGGAGAAGGAAUUCCAAAAGAACCACAAGCCCACCAGUGCCAGGAAACGGGAAAUCGCAGAGCUACUGAAAGUUGACCUGCCAAGAAUCAAUAACUGGUUCCAAAAUCGGAGGGCAAAGGAAAAGGGAAUCAAAAAGACGCAAGAGUUCGCGGCGCGUCAAGCGGCAGAGCAGGCCGAGCAACAGUCUGAAUCGGGAUCAAUCAACAAGGACGACCAGGAUGGUGAAGGUAGCGAUGGUGAGAGCACCGAUAACGAUCACAAUCUUGCUCAGCCAUCAAUCGCGCCUUUCCCAGCCGAUAAUGUGUCAAUCAACAGCGGAGUGGAAGAGGAUGAUUCGACAAUGUCCACGACCAACAGCCAUACACCUGUAGAGGUGACUGUUAUGACGAAAGAGGACAUGGUCAGAGAUGGCGACGAGUAUCCAUCACCUCAGUCACUGCCAUUCCAGAGCACCGACCAGACUUCGGACUUUAACUUUCAACACAAUUUUGUCGCCUUGUCGGAGGACCAGGGUUUCAGCAGCGACUAUUCGCAGUCAGGCUUGCCUCUCAGUGGUCUGCCCGCCCAGUUCACCCACGAUGGAUUCUCAGUCUCGGACCAACUCUCCUUCGUCGGUCAGCAAUACACCAGCACCGUUGACAACGAUGCGAUAAUCGCUCCUACGCCGUCAUUCCCCUCGCAGCUGCUUGGACGUCUGGAAUAUCAGGAUAUGGAUCCCAACCAGGCGGCCUCAUCGUCUUUUGACUUGCAAGGCAUGCAGGUCGAGUCGCCCACUGCUAUGACGACCAUUCCAGAUGACGGGUCACCAAACUCGAUGCCCACGUCGCCACCAACUCCUUCAGACCUUCGAUUCAAGUCUCCUCCUCCGCCCGCAAACCUGGCUUCGCGAAGGAACAAGGGUGUCCCGGCCCAGCUCAACGCCACCGCUCUCCGAAGCUAUUCAUAUGGUCCCAAGACAGGUCUCGACCUUUCCAAGCGUGCCGACUGCCCGAGCCCCAUUCGUCGUAUCGCGUCAGCCACGGGCCCUAUGCCAGGCAGGAUCCAAAAGUCUCUGACCCUGGGCACGGGAUCUUCAGCUCCUCGCUCACCCAUGUACCUGGAGCGCACCAAGGACGCUUUGAUCCGCUCUUUCAGCAACACUCGCUCGCCAGUACCUCUCCAGCCCAUCAACACUUCCCUUUCGCCAAUGACACCUGGUGAGUACUACGGAAUGCCGGCAGCAACACAGGGAACCAGGGAGAACACAGUCUCGUCAAGCGCAUCGGACGAUGAGCAAAGCUUCGGUAUCGGUGCCAAUGGCGUGCAGCCUAACGCCUCUGCCCUCUUCUCGACGUUGAAGACACCACCUGGCACACCGGGUUUCAACAGUGGGUUUGUCUCAGACCAGCAACUCCCAACGAACCCAGUCAACACUUUCGAUGCCGCUUGGAACUUCAACCCACAGGAUGAGCCUCUGGUGACUCCAGGGCUGGGAAGCUUUGGAUCUGAGGAAUUCGCCAUGGCACCUCCGGCGCCCAGCUACAUCGGUGGUAGCAGCCAACCUCCCACGCCAUCAUACCCGCAUAGCAUCGGUCCCACAUACGGAGGCAGCUUUCCAUGGGGUUCUGCAGCCAUUUUCAAUGGUUCCAGGGUCGGCAUGCCCGGAGGCAACACCGAGUACAACUUUCCCGAAUCCUUCGUACCCGACACAUCCGACAUAUCUCCUAGUCUGUCUACCAAGGCCAGCAAGCAGUUCCAGUUCACACAGAAUGUGACACCAAGGGACUACAAUACGGGUGUCGAAAAGUGAAGCCCCGGACGGGAUCGAUCGCACAAUCAACGACCUCAUGCCCGCAUUUGCGCCCUGACAGUCAAGCACAUACAUGUAAUGAUCUUUGGAGUUUUUAUUUGCACAGCAACUGCUUUCUUCGAUUUGCGUUUCGGUUUUUUUUUGGUUUUUUUCUUUGACGUGGUCUAUAUCUGUACCAACAGUUUCCAUGUUCCUAAUUUCCUCGUUUUCCCUCUCGAUGCAUGCAUUUGUCUCAUAUCAUGAUUGAGCAAGCCAACCCCGUUUUGUGUUUUGUUUAUUCACUUUACUUUUCAUACAUGAUGAAAGACAAGCGCUCGCUAGAAACGACGCUUGUGAGUUUUGCUCUACUCAUUCAGCCUCCCCGCCACAUGACAUGCUACGCAUGACACUGGAGUCGGGGUGGCUACUUUCUUAUACGCAGCAAUUUUUGUUCCCCACACCCCUUUCUCGCACUCCUUUUUUCACUCUUAUUUUUCAUCCUUCCUAAUCUCUUUUAUGUGUAAUAUAAUGGGACUCAAAAGAAAGCGGCGGAAAGGACAUGGAGGAGAGGUGGAUUUGGAGGUGGCAUUUCGUGUUUUCUUUUUGGCUUUUUGUUAUUGUCGUCACUCAUAUUUCUGGCAGCGGGAAUAUAUUCACUGCCGACUGUGGCAUGUGAAAGGAACACUUUUGGGUUCAGUAUAUUGCGGAGAAUUGGGUUGGAAGUUUUUGGGUUGUACACAAUUGAGCGUUCAAGGUCUUUUUCUCAAAGCGAAGACGAUUAUCAGUGAAAUGAUAGUGAGCGAGCAUUUGGUUUUUAGGUCGAAAAUAUGAAGCUCACAGAUUCGAAAAACAGAAAAUAAGGA